CAGCCACCCACUGCUACCUCCAUAUAUUUGUGCAGCACUACUUUAAGCAGUUUCAUCUGCCUGCAGAAAAUCACAGUUUGCUGGCUCCUGCUGUCCAUUCUGACAGGGAUGGGGGAGUCACGAAAGCGCGCACUCCAGUCCUUCAUAGAGCGCUUAGUAAAGCUCAUCGAGUUUAAUGUUGCUGCUGAGGAAGAUUUUAUCCAGGUCGCUCAGAACUUUGAUGCAUCAAGGAAGAAAUGGCAGCAAGCGGAGAAGCAGUUGAGGGAGAAACAGGAGAUUUUACUCCGGUGUCAGAUUGAACGCUCGGCGCUUGAGGUGAAACUGAAACACGCCCGCAACCAAGUGGACGUAGAGAUGAAAAGGCGCCAGAAAGCAGAGACAGAGUUGCAAACUGUGGAGCGUCAGAUGCACCUAAUUGGUGACCUUAUACAGAGUGAUGGUCAGACCACCGCACCUCUUAGUGACUCUGUACUGGCUUUCUUCGGUAAUGGCCGUUCUAAUCCUGCGGCUCAUGGAGCUGGAAACAGGAAAUCCAUGGUCGAUGAGUCAUGCGGUUCCUUUCUGUCGGACAUCAGCUAUGACCAGACAGAUGACGACUUGGACUUAGAUGAGCUGGUGGGAAAACCUGUGAAGCUAAAGCCGUGGGAGAAGAGGCGCUCUUCACUCACUCCAUUCAUUGCUCCUUUUAUGAAAAGGUCCCGUCCAAGUUUAACUGCUGCUGUGGUAAAUGAAAAUAUCAAAGAAGCAGUUAUUGCAAAGACGAUGGCGGCUCCUAUGGAUCCUGUGCCAAGACUCAGAUCGCGCAAGAGUCGGGUUUUGUCCUCCAUGCAAGACCAAACUUCUAUAUUGCCCCAAAUUAAUGAGGCUGAACAGGAGCUCGAACCAGAAGUUGCUCCACCAAAGUCUGCACCAGCUCAUGUGUUCCUUUCCAAAACGAUGAUCCGUGCUGAGCAGUGUUAUGUGUGUGGGCAAAAGACCCGUUUUGGGAAGAUGUCUUUGAAGUGCCGGAACUGUCGGAUUCUGAUACAUCCAGAGUGCAGGAACUUUUGCUCCAAGCAAUGUGUUUCCACGAUGUUGCCCCCCCAGGAAACGGGAAGCAAAAGGGGACAGGGGUUGCUGGCUGACUAUGCUCCUGCUACGCCUCCAAUAGUACCCAGCCUGGUGGUUCAAUGUGUCAAUGAAAUUGAGAAGAGGGGGAUGAGUGAGAGGGGCAUCUAUCGCAUUCCUGGCUGUGAGCGGCUGGUGAAGGAGAUGAAACAGAAGCUUCUGUUUGGUAAAGGGAAGUCUCUGUAUCUAGGGAAGGAAGAUAUUCAUGCAGUUUGUGGAGUUCUGAAAGAUUUUCUACGGAACCUGAAGGAGCCACUCCUGACCUUCUCUCUGCAUAAUCAGUUCCUAGAUGCAGCUGAUAUUCUUAAUGAGAGUGAUUGUAAAUCUGAGAUCUGUCAAAUUAUUCAGGAGCUUCCUCCCGCCAACAGAGACACUUUGGCCUUCCUCAUCCUGCAUCUGUACAGGGUUAUGCGGAGCCCGGAGUGUCAGAUGGACCAGAUUAAUCUGUCCCGGGUGUUUGGUCCUACCAUUGUUGGGCAUUCUGUGCCUGAACCCAGCCCUCUAAUAAUCAUGCAGGAUACCCCCAGACAAGCCAAGGUAAUGUUUCUGCUCCUCUCACUGCCCUCCGGGUUCUGGAACCAGUUUCUUUCCAACAAUCAAGAGAAUCAAAACUGUGACUCUGUGACGCAAGAGCGUCUUUUCCAUCCAUUGACUUCUCCUGAGAUUAAUUCUGGUCAUGCUCUUCCUCUAAAACCUGCUCUAUCAGAGUCUACCAGUAAUUGUUCUCUCCCCAAGAAGCAGGGAAGAUUCUUCACUUCUCCAAACAGAUGAAAGAAAUUGCCUAUUUUCAAUCACAGGUGUAAAUAAACACUUAUUCUCUCUGCACUUCUAGAACAGGACCAGUCGUCUAUAUCUCAGUCCCUUCUAUUUUUGCACAUCUGCAUCCUUGCACUUUGAUUCCUAUUGCUGUUCUUUAAGGUUUGUAACUCAUUCACAAGUGGUGUGAAUAUUACCGGUUUACAUUUUGCAAUGGUAUUUCCUGGAUUAUAUAUGGUCUGGAUGUUGUACUGUAAUAUUGUCUAAUAAGCUAAAUAUUUAUGUAAAAUAAAUGUGACACAGGCAGGUGUGAACAAGAGUCUUUCCAGCACAUCUCUGUACGUGUA